CACGUGAAAAUCUUUAUCAUGUGACUGGGGGUAGGUAAAAUGGCGGCUACGGGAGAGGAGGCUGCUGCGAUGGACAGCAUCUCCAGAGUACCCACGGCCCAUCCCACCGUUCUGAGCUUGGGAGGAAAGCCCGAACCCCGAGGAGAGAUUGGCGAGAUUUCCAGUGAUAGCCAAAUUGUGCCUACACCUAAAAAGCCCACUAACAGCAUAGGUGAUGGUGGUGUGGAGACUGCAGAGGAGGCAGUGGAGCCGGCAGAGCCGGACAUCAAUGAACUCUGUACUGACAUGUUUGAUAAAAUGGCUAUCUUCCUACAAGGAGAACUCACAGGCACCUGUGAGGACUACUGUCUGCUGGAGAACAUGAAUAAGCUGACCAGUCUCAAGUACAUGGAGAUGAAGGACAUCAGCAUCAAUAUUAGCAGAAACCUGCAGGACCUUAACCACAAAUAUGCCAGCCUGCAGCCCUACUUAGACCAGAUAAAUCAGAUUGAGGAACAGGUGUCGUCUCUGGAGCAGGCUGCUUACAAACUGGACACAUACUCCAAGAAGCUGGAGGCCAAGUUCAAGAAACUGGAGAAGCGCUGAGGAGGAUAUAAGGAAAUGCAUCAGAAGCAAUGGAAGAAGAUGGGUUAUUUGAGGAGGCCUGAGGGUUACUGGUUGCCCAGUCUGUAGACUAACCCAUGUGAUAUCUGCUGAAAUGUAAAGCAGCUCUAUGUCAUUCCAGAGACAUGAGUCAGCCUGGAGUUGGUUGGAGGGAUAUCUCAGAUGUUAGAUGUUAGUGUUGUAAUUCUGGUUGGUUCAUUAACAUUGCAUGUUAAGGUGGGCUUUUUGGGGGCUCAUUUGUAUUUGUGUUCCUACUAGCAAAGCCACUCUGUGACACCCUGUCACAAUUCUAAUUCACUUGCUUAAUUUAGUGAAUUUAUAUGGAAUUGUCUCCUUCCCUGGUGCACACUAACAUAGUAUCGCCACCCUGAUUCAGACCGUGACACAGCUACGAUGACAACCACGUUCACUUUUCUACUGAAGGACUUUAGCUUCUUUAAAUAGCAGACAUUUUCUAAUUAACUUUAUAAUACUUUCUUUGUGUGAACAUUACUGUCCCUAAAUACCAUUGCCAUAUGUGAAAUUGUACACCUUCGAUUGACAACACAUUUGGAAAAUAAAAUGUCAUCAUCAUCUGGCCAGGAGAUGGCAGUGGUGCUCCAUA